AUGUCGACCCCAAGUACCAUCGCCCGGACGGCACCUAUUGCUAUAGCUUCUCGCAAACCCCGAGCCAUUGAACCCUCGAUUGAGACGUCGAUCAACAACUUGAACAGCAGACCUCACCUGUCCGCCAGUAUGAGUAGUUCUACCUCGGGAGAGUCAGGUGUAAACAUGAGAACUCGCAAGGACCGUCCGUGUGAUGCGUGUAGAAGAAGGAAAAGUAGAUGCGUAAUUAACGAAGGACAAACGAGUUGCGUUCUAUGCCAAUUUCACACGCAAGAUUGUACUUUUGUACAAAGUCCACAACCAAGGAAAAGGAAGCUCAAUACGGAAGGUAAAGAGGAAUCGGUCGCCAAAAGAAGAUCCCCAGACAGAGAUGACAGACGUGGAAGACUUGCGGAAUCGCUAUCAAGUACUGGUGCUACCAAUUCUUUAAUCGAGGACAUGGCAAACAUUGGGGGCCCGAUACAAUUGAAGAGAACGCUAGGCCUACAGAAUGACCGAUACAGCCAGUACAUUGGGCCCACAACCGAUUUCGAACCAUCACUGCUCGAUUUGUCUUCGUUCGACCCACAAGACGAAAGCUUAUUAUCCCGCGGUACCUUGAGAAAGGUUAGCGACCUAGAUACAUUUUUGAUGUUGCCGGAUUAUCAUACGCAUGGUCACGAGCAUGUUAUUGACGAUGCGGAUGCGAUUGAGAAUAUCGUGUCUCCGCAUGGACCAGCAUUGUUGGAGCUUUACUUCCGUAUCAUUCAUCCUAAUUUCCCUAUCCUACAGAAGACUGUUUUCUUCGAGAAAUAUAAUCGUUCACAUCGCGAAUUUUCUCCUCCCAUCCUUGCUGCGGUAUAUAUUCUUGCCAUUAAUUGGUGGGACCAUAGCGACGAGCUUGCAAAUCUUCCAAAGCCUGAUAUCAAAGAGUUGGAAAGACUUGCUCGCGUGACUUUGGCGGAUGCUAUGUAUAGACCGAAAUUGUCGACUGUACAAGCGGGAUUACUACUUUCUCAACGUCCAGAAGGAGACCAAUGGGCACCAACAGCGCAACUCGUAGCGAUUGGCCAGGAAUUGGGACUUCAUCUUGAUUGUUCGAGUUGGAAGAUUCCACCGUGGGAGCGUGGGUUGAGAAAACGUCUCGCGUGGGCUUUAUACAUGCAAGACAAAUGGGGGUCACUUGUUCACGGUCGACCGUCACAUAUUUUCGCUUCGAAUUGGGCUGUACAACCACUUUCUUUAAACGACUUUCCAGAUGUUGAAUUCGACGAAAACAAUUCCGAUGAAUCCGCCGAUUACGAAAGAGGCCGUCUUCUUUUUACCCAAAUGAUCAUACUCUCUCAAAUCCUAGCCGAGGUUUUGGACACUUUUUACACCCUGCAAGCCAUGGCAACUGUCAACUCGGCUGGGCCUCAAGGCACGCACCUUGUACUACAACUUGCGAAACCUGUCCAAUUAAAACUCAAAGAUUGGUUUGCAGGUCUUCCAGCCUGUCUACGAAUGGACUCAUCUUCGAACAUACAAACCUCUAACACUAGCAAACUCUCUUCAAUAGGCUUCCUCCAUCUCGCCUACUUCGCCACUGAAAUCACCCUCCACCGCCGUAUCAUACGAUCCCUCUCCCUCCCAGCUUCAACCGACGCUAAACCAACUCUCGACCCUUAUAUCCUCCACAUUUGUCGCUCAGCCGCUAAAACCCGUCUCAUCUCAGCCAUGGAUUUUGUUAACCGACUUACCACUUCUCAUCUCCGCUCCUUCUGGUACUUUGCCUCGAAAACAAACUUUGCUCUCAUUGGAACUUUUGGUAGUCUCCUCUGGGCUACCGCUCCAGGAAGAGAAGAGGCGGAAUGGUAUCGAAGAAGACUUGGCGAGUAUAGAUGGACGUUGGCUGUGAGUUGUAAAGGUGGUGCAUCAGGCGAAGGGGGAAAUGGUCGCUUGACCGAAUUCGCAAUGGGCAUGUUAGAUACGUCCACCGGACUACUCAAAGCACUUCCAGAAAAACCAGCACUUUCUCGCGUCGGUUCUGAGAGUGAAAAUCUGUCGCGCUCACGGAAUCGAUCCAUUGUUGAAGGCUAUUCUGGAUUCGGCUCUUUUGGUACUGGUGCGUCGGGUGGCUUUGGGAUUGGACCUCCAAGGGAGGUGAAUUAUACGGGUGAGGAGGAGAAUGGGAUGAGGAGUGGACUGGUGAGUCCCAGUACGAGUGUUAGUUCUAGUGGGGGCAGUCAGGAGGUGUAUCUGGCGAGUGCGAGCGCUUUUGCGGUUAGGGGUGUGGAUGAGGGGUAUUAA